AUGCUGCUCUUCUGCCCAACAUGCAGCAACAUGCUGCGCGUCUCUGCUGUCCCGCCCGGUGACCCUACCACCGAGGACUUUGUCGGCCAGAACCGCUUCGAGUGCCUCACCUGCCCCUACCACUUUGUCAUCAACAAGCGCUACUACGAACGCAAGUAUAUGAAGAAGAAGGAAGUCGAAGAUAUCCUGGGAGGAAAGGGCGCGUGGGAUAAUGUCGACAAGACCGAAGUGCAAUGUCCAAACGAAAAGUGCAGAAACCACGAGGCCUACUGGUACCAACUGCAGAUUCGCAGUGCCGACGAGCCCAUGACGGCUUUCUAUAAGUGUACCCAAUGCGCCAAAGAGUGGCGAGAGUAG